AUGGACAGCCCCGUCAUACCAUUCAUCCCGGUACAUGAAUUCUCUCCAGAGCCAGACAUAGUAAUAGAAGAUCAACAUACGCAAUCACCACUGCGAAAGCGAGCGCGCCAUACUAGCAGCCUUGACAUUACAGCAUCCGAGUCUGACCAACUUGAACCUCUUAUCAUGGUUUCGGAGGAAUUGAAGAGUCCCGUAAGGGACGAUGCAUACUACAUGGCUGACGGGAGCUGCGUUCUUCGUGUGCAAAACACACUAUUCAAAGUCCAUCGCACGAUCUUGUCUAAGGAUCAGUCAUUCUUCGGGCCUAUGUUUACGCUUCCACAAGGUGAAUUCGGAGAGGAAGGGAUGUCGGACGACCAUCCCAUCAUUCUGCAGGGGGAUACUGCGGAAGAGUUCAGGCAUUUCCUCUGGGCGCUCUAUGCCCUACCCUCGGAACUAAUAAUAGUCCGAUCUCCAAAAGCCGAUCUUAGCCGACUAAUAGACAUCGCAAAGGUGUCCAGCAAGUACACUUUCAAGUCGACAGAAACAUGGGCAUUGGACGCAAUUCAAGAGUACCUUGAACGGAACAUGUCCCCCUUGUUCAAUGACAACCCUCUAAUACGCAUGUUCCCAACAUUAAGCACUCGCUCUUCGGCUCUUUUAGAAAGUGAAGGACAAAUUGCUCGCCUGAUCAGACUCGCCCAGAUGUGUUCGCACUCACGUCUGAUGGACACGAUGAUCCAACUUCUUCAAAAGCUAAUGUCUGGUUCUUUGCAUUAUUCAUAUCUGGCCAUGACGCUCGCGGAUGAGUUUAACCUUAGGGACCUGCGAGGCGCGGCGUAUCUCGAAGUCAUGCAAACGUCGGUAUUUGUCUGUCCAGGGGCGGGCAACGGUCACACAUACGUGGAGGGUGAUAUUCAAGAAACGAGUGAGGGGCUGCAGCGGCUGGUGGUCAGCCCGAUACAGCAGCUGAGACUUCUGUCGGGAUAUUACCGCCUUUCUAAGGCGUGGGACAGGUUGCGUGCUGUUCCUCCGCAGUUCGAACACGCACCGUCCUGCGGUGCGACGUGGCACCAACAUGGAUGCACUCAGAGCUGGUCAGAUUUCUGGAAGGAGAAGACGAGGUCAGAAGGCGUGUUGUCCCUCGACUCUGCAAAUGUCCUCGGGAGAUUGGGGAUCAUUGUCAAGGAGUUUGACAAGUGGGGAUCUGCAACAUAUAUGCACCACGAUUGCAAGUCUGCGGCAAGACGGUCUAUCCACGAAAAGGUGAAGCAGAUUCAGCAAGCGCUACCAGAUUAUUUCACAGAAGGUGGUGAAUAUUAA